AUGGCUUCGAACACCCUUCAGCCCGGCACAAGUGCCCCAAAACCCGGACAGCCCUCGCCCCUCCGCAACACAACGACGCACAACUCCACAGAUUACAGCGAUAAUCCCCCCAACCCCCGCGCCACUGCCCUCGACGACCCAUCUCGCGCUCGUGAACGCCGUCUCGAAAUCAUGCUGGACCACGCCACCAAGUGCACUAAGGGAGUGCCGUUGAGGUUCUUCUAUGACCAAAAGCUUCUCGUUCCUCCUACGUCUCAGGAACUCGCCAAGAUCUUCCCCGAGUCCGACGUUUCCGAUAUCUCAAAGAGGCUCCGAGUUGCGCUGAAAGUCAAGAACGGGAAGGAGACCGGAAAGAUCAUGGAGACUGAUGUCAGCAGCAUCUGGGCUGAGUUGGACGAGGCCUACCACCUCUGUCCCGAUCACACCUUCCGGCUCUCCGAAUGCAAGGCAGACAAGAACGACCCUUCCAAGUCCAAAGUCGACGGAGGAUUCUUCCACCAAGACGACAAGCAGUUCCUCCUUCCGGACUGUCCAAACUGGGAGUAUCAACACUACACCGUCGAGUUCAAGCGAGGCGGCAACGGCCUGGAUCCAUUCAGCGACGACAAGGAUAUCGAGCCCAACGCGGAUAAACGGCGGGCGGCACGUCGCCAACUCUACGCGUACGCCAGCUGCGUAUUCGACGUCCAACAUCGUACCGCGCUGUACAUGCUCUUCGUCAACCGCUCCAAGUUCCGUCUUCUGCGCUGGGACCGGUCCGGUGUCAUCGUCAGCGAGGCGACCGACUACGCUACAUCGAAGGCCAAGACGAAGAUCCUGCUUGAAGUCCUGGUCAGCCUUGCUCGCAUGCAAGACGACAAGGCCGCCCCCGACAACAUGUCCGUCCUCAAGAAGGCUGGUAUCCUGACAGUCGGCGCCGAGGCAGCGGGAUUCGACCCGACGGCUCAGCGCCUCUCACCCAACUCCUGCGGUUGGGCCCGUAUGGAUCAACUCGCUCAGGUCGAAGCCGAUUUCGACGUCGACGAGUACAACACCGAGGAUCACGUCACCUCUGGACUGCCUGCCGAGUUCCGCAACAACGAGCGAAGUACCUGUGCCCCCUUCACCUCCACCGGCAGCCACCCCGACCCGCUGGUGACGAUGGAGGGAACAGCCGGGGACGCGUGGCCAAGGCACCUCAAGCGUAGCACCUUCAACUAUAUCCGGCAGCGGUUUGCGCUCUCUCUCAAGCAGAGUAACGUGCGGUACGUGCUAGUGAUCGACAACAAGUAUUACCUCGUUGGUCGGGCCAUGUUCUGCGCGGACGAUGGACCGAUCGGACGAGGAACGCGGGGGUGGAUCGCGCUGGAGUGGCACACGCAGCGUUUCGUCUUCGUCAAGGACGCAUGGCACCCGCACUACGUCGACGUCGACCCCGAGUAUGUCAUGCUCAAGAAACUCAACGACGAGAAGGUACGGCGCGUGCCCACGCUGAUCGCUGCAGAGGUCUACUCCGGGCAAGUCACCUACCUUUCCGCCUUUGCAUGUGUCACCAAGCCUGCUGCACGGGAUGCAACACCUUCCUCGUCAGACUCUACCCCUUGCGCUUCGGAUGGCAAGCCUCUCGACAUGCAUUCGCCCCAUGUUGUCAAUGUCCCUUCUGCCGGCACAACGGCCUCCGCCGACAACCCACCUUCUGGCUCAACCAACAAAGCCGAGAAAAUCGAUGGCCCCACCGGUAUACGGCACCUCCAGCACGUACGCAUGGUGGUCGAUGAGGUAUGCCUUCCGUUGAAGGCAUUUCCGACCGGACUCGACCUGGUGCGUGCGAUCUACCAUGCGAUCGUAGCGCACGAGGAUGCGGUCGACAAGGGGAAGCUGCUUCACCGCGACGUCAGCGCUGGGAAUAUCCUUCUCCUGCCACGAUUCGAACACUAUGAGGAUGGAACGUCAGCGAUCAUAUGGUACGGUAUCUUGACAGACUGGGAAAUGGCGAAGAGCACCGAGGCCACCGCGCCCCGGCAGCCGCUGAGGACUGGAACGUGGCCGUUCAUGUCCAUCCUUUGGCAGAAAGACGCGACGAGGCUCAUCGGUAUCGACGACGAGCUCGAGUCUUUCACGCACGUCCUCAUCUUCGAGGGCGCCAUCUUCUUGUCCCACAACUGGGAUGUGGAGCGCAUCAGGACGUUCAUCGACCAGUAUUUCGACCAGUCCGUCCGGGAUUCCGUGGGCGGCUGCACUUGCAGCGAGUACCGCGAAAAGUGCAUCGAAAAAGGCAUUUUGAGGCUCGGGGGCACUGAGCUUGAAUUCCACUCCCUCGGGAACGACAAGACUAAACUCCCUGGUCACCCCCUCAACGAACUGCUCCGCUGGCUGCUCCAAAGGUUCAAAGCCCGCCUCCUCGUCCACGAGUGGGAACACCAACCCGCGCCGCCGCAGAAAGCCGCUGAGACGACGCAGAACGCCGCGCCCCAGAAGAACCUACGGAGAGCGGGGAUCCUGGUCGAGGCUGGAUCUGAGCCUACGAUCACGUCCACUGCUGCCGACGUUCACGCUACCUCAGCCGACAACAAACACGACGAGCGCGAAGAGCAAUCCCGCAAGGAUAUGAAGGACAUGGCCGAGGGCCUCAAGACCCAUGCGGAAGUGCGGGCCAAAUUCGAAGAGUUUUUGGUGAAGGACUGGCCUAGUCGGGAUAGGGCCAUCGACAGGGAGGCGCCGGCUCCGCCGCCGGCGAAGGAGCGCACCCACCCACGGGAGGGCGACGAGCCGGAGGCGAGGCCGUCUAAGAGGUCGAAGCGUUCGCACGAAGAGGCCACAGUCAGAUCGAGGCGCAGUGCACGGAUCGCUGGUCGAAAGCGUUCCAAGGGGUCGUCCAGCUAG